AUGGACCGUCUCCCUGACGAAUUGCUUAUGCAUAUCAUCUACCAGGCCAUUGGCGGCCGGGGCGACCGCAGCCGGACCAAUUUUGCCUGCGUCGCUCGAAGAUGGCAGGCCAUUGCGGAAGCGAAAAACUGGCGCUUUUUCUUUCUACCCAGUCGUGAGAUAGAUUGCUUUGCAAAGAUGCUAGCCCGCGUCCCUUCCCGACGUGAGGCGCUCCGAAAGAUCUAUUGUUUAAUAGACGUCUGCUCUGAACCGACAGACGGGAGGCAAUAUGUUGACUUUUACGACAGUAGCGGAGGCGAGGAAUCGCACCCAGAGAGCACGAGGUUUACCCGUGCGAUAUAUACCUUGUUCGAAGCGUUGGCUGGAGGAGAUGAAGAUGCUCAGCCGCCUCUGAAUUUGAAACUGAAGCUGCAAAUCGCAUCUAGUGGGAUAUAUCCUAUUACCAUUGAGCGCUUCCUACGGAUUGUGCCGCUUGACGGCCACCGAAAGACUCUGCCCACCGUGAGAUAUAUCGAGUCGUUGAAGAUUACUUUCCGUGGUCGAUCGCUACAUCCCACUGCUGCAGCAACGAUAUUGGCGGCGUUGCCCUGCCUAGGGGCUCUUUGUAUGCCCCUUGAACCCCGGGGGCCUCAGUCUUUCACGGCAGCACAUUUGAGGGUACCUCAUUUACACGCCGUUUCUCGUCAUCUAGAAACGUCAAAUUAUACUAACCUGCAGGAACUAAAGAUUAGUAACUCGUCAUUAUCUCCCUUGGCUGGUAUAAAUCCGGCCCUCCAUAAGCUGUCCCAGUCUGCUCCUUUGGUUAAUCUCUGGCUUUUUGGAAACUGGUUCCUGUCACCAGCACUAUUCUGGCCCGCAGGCACGCCGAGUUCCACUGACAAGCCGUUCUGGCCCAAGUUGCAGAGUCUUCAUAUCAGAGCAAGUUCAAGGUUCCCUGACACAAAGUCUGCAACCGGUGGCUUUGAUUUUCUCGAGAAGGACGAAGCCUACAGGUAUGCCAUGGGCUGGGACCCACCGCCAGUAGAACCUGCGGCAUUCGAUCUUCUUGUCUCUUCCAUGUCAAAAGCUGUCCUGCAAAUGCCUGCUCUCCGAGUCUUGACUGUGAAAAUCAAAAGAGGCCAUGUUCGGGAUCCUCGGUUGGACACGGGCGCCUGUGACUACGACAUCUGCGUUGAAUGUCUAGAUUCAGGUGAGGAAUCGGCUGUUAUGCGCUACAGAGAGGGAAGGGAAGCGGACAAGGUAAACGCCCAAUCGUACCGGCGGUGGAGGGUCUGGCUUCUUAGCCCAGUAGACUGGUCCCCGUCCUGGAAGAUCCGGCAACUAUGGCAACAGUUUGUUGGACCAGAUGGGAUCACGGGUACGAAGACAGCAGAAGAAAUGUAUUGAAGCUGUUGUCUAAAACCACGCCCCCUCAUCUGCAUGGGCUGCGAUGGAAGUGUGGUGUGUCUGUCCUCCAGCUACCCCGUACACACAAAGGCCGUGACCCAACGUGAAGCAAGCUGCAAACACCAAGUGCCAGUGCUAUUCUCCUUUCACCCAACUAGUUUGCUGCACCUAAAAUGGAUUAAUCUGCUGAAAACAAAGGCUGCAGUUGCAGUGCAGUGGGAAAAAAUACGGAACGCUGUAACUCGUCACAUAUUUCACCAUGAAACUCUGUAUUACCGCCACUAUGGCACCGGGUGAGCUGAGCUGAGCAGCGCUCAUGAUAUGUCCUCCAUAUCGUGUCUAGUGCAGCAACUAAAGGGCCAUACUUUCACUAGAACGAGCCGAUAGCGAUGCAGGACAACUAGCGAGCGAGCGAGUCAUGUGGACCUCGUCCUUUGCUCGUCCAAUUUUUCCCUCUCAUCCCAUCUUGCCCUCCUCGCUCGCUCUUCCACUUGACUGCUGGGCGUGUCCGUGUCUAGCGUCCGUGUCUCUCUGACAGAGCAUCCGAAUGGCUGACUCCUGCGGUGGCUUUCAUGCUGUGGAGCGUGCGUGGUUGAUCCGUUUGUUGAUCUACCGUCCUUGUUCUCCUACUGCUUCUGUUGCUGCUGCUGUCUCCUUGGGCUGCCAGGCUAGUCAUGUCGAUAUGGGCUGGUAUGUCUAUGCUGGAGGAAACCAUAACUCACCCCAUCAGCCAUCAGCCAUCUCAGCCCUCACACAGACACUUUGAUAAUUACACGCUACUGUGAAGAUACGGACGGAAGGCCCCGUACAUGCAAGAUACCAGUUUCCACCCCCAGCGAGUGUCUUUGUCUGAUGCUUGAUGAGAACGGA